AUGGUAACGUCAGCGCGGCGGCCGCUGACGUACUCUGUGUUGCUCGUCCUGCGUUGGUUGCGAUGUCGUUUUGGAUUACUAUACCGGGGCUUCGGUGGUAUCUACGCUCUUGUUCUACUCUCAUCCACCCUCAUCUGUCUUCAAGUCUUCGGCGUACUGGAAAACCUGCGGGCCAUUCCUUUCCAAGAGGCGUUACUACGGUACCAGCGGUCCGAAGCCUUGAUCACCUUUCAACGGGAAAUUAAGAAUUUGGCACCGAAGCAGAUCCAAAACUCUUUCCAUCCCAGCUUUCCGUACCUACACACUGCUAGUGAUAUAUGUGUCCGCGAAUCGGAUAAUGGAAAAAAGACCCUUCCAGCCGUUGUUCUGAUUAAAUCAGCAAUAGACCAUCGAGAACAUCGGGAGGUCAUUCGGGCUACGUGGAUGCGCGAGGUGUGUUUUUGAAUUUAUCUCCAUUGUUUUAUGUCGUUGGUUUAAUCUCUACAGUAAUUCUCAGGACGCCUUGGCAGUUUUAAUGAUGCCAACGACGACGUUUACGCAUGUCAAGUCUGAAUUCCUUGGGAAACUAUGGAGGGAUCAUGGUCAACCGUGCUUUUCUUCACUUUAAUAAUAUUGGGCUGAGAGGAAGAAAGUAGGCAGACAGGUGGACAACCGUCAAGAUGUGAUAUCAGUCCUGCAACUCAUUUUUCAUUACUCUGUCCAGCCCUCUCCGAGUUAAUUUCCACUUGCCCCUGAAGUGUAGUUGUGGUCUAAAAACCUUUUUUGUCUUCAGUUUUCGAGCUACAUCUUUAAGACGCAGCGAUUUGUGAAGCGGACGUUACGGCUUCAAUGCUGAUUACUAAGCUUCCUGCCCUUCACACACUCACACAUAGUUCCGGCAGACCACCUCACCAAAACUCCGACAGUGUACACAAUAUUGACGUAGUGGUCUUCCAUCUAUUCACCCAAUCACAGAACAAAGACAUUUUUUACCAUGUAAGUAAACUGGGAAAUAACUCCUCAGAUAAUUUGUUUCUAGUCCCACUCUCGGAAAGUUGAACAUACCGGGCGAUCGUGAGGCUUCUUGAAAGUUUGAACCAAACAGCUACAGGUCAAAUAGUGGACUACGUCGUCUCGCAGCAUAAAAUAGACCCUGUUAACCUGGAAAAUGUACCUGAACCGACGGCCAAACGGAGCAAAUUUUGAGGACGACGACUGCAUACUUGACCUCAUUCCUAGUAGAUGGUUGCAAGAACAUGUUUUUGUGUGUGUGCUUGUGUCCUUUGACUUCUGAGAUCGUGCCGUUGUUUGUCCUGCUACCUAGCGUGGAACAGAGACUAAGCCUGACACACACACACACAACCUGCUGUGUUAGCUUUGGAUUGGAUAUCUGCAAGCCAGCUGUGUACAAAUUGUCAACAAAAAUAUCGGCAAGAGUAGCCGACGUGUGUUAUAGACGAAGAAAUGGAAAACUAAAGUGACAACUUCUGCUUUAUUUGUCCUAUUGGACUACCCAGCGCUAAACUCCUUGUCGGGGACCGUGGUUUAAAUCCGAGCCAGUUGGUCAUCAAGGCUUUUUAAGUCCAAUGCUCUGUCACCUGAGCUAAUGACCCACAUUUCCCCCCCGAAAGGUUCCGAUUGACACUCACCGCUCUUUGCUGGACAGCAACUGGCAUCCGUCGCUUCGUUUUGGACAUUGAUGUACAGUCAAAAUUAUAACAGUCCAACUCAAGCAAUAUUCUAUCGUCGAAAAUUCAUUCUGGAAUUAUAGUUAACAUUUCACGAGAUAGAACAUCAACAAUAUGUAUAUAUAUUCACCUAGGAGUGGACGCACACCGAUCCAUUGACUUCUGAAAGCAAACAUGCUCCGUAUGAGUGAUAAGGGUCACGAACAGACAACCUCCUACGAGGCUGAAGUCAGCCAAGCUAUGAUAGCCGAGAGGAGACGGCGGAGUCCGCGGGGUAGAAUGGUAGAGAACUGUUUUGGCUUGUCUGACUGCAUUCAGUCACCCGUAAUCCUAAUCGCUAACUGAGACCGGAAACGCGAAUAUGCGCAGAGGUACACCUGAUGCAGCUAGUCCACCACUGAGGUUUACCAGAUGGGUCAUACACACCUCAUCGAAUCGAAGUUCAUCAGUCCUUUGCCAGGGGCCAUUCUCCAUUUUCGACUCAAAUGUUCAUUAGAAUUUCAGAUCUGACGCUAAAAAGCAAUGUCCCGGAAACUCAACUCUAUGUCUUGCACUUAAUAAUUUCUGAAAUUAUUUACUCGACUUUUUUCUGGAGUUCAUAUACAAGAAACUGCAUAGAGAACGUUAGAGGACCCACUGAAGGACCUAACGCAUCGCGGCCGCGUCGCCCAGCGGCAGUAUAUCGGUGAAUCAUGUGUCCGGGCUUUUAGUUUUUACCUAUGUCGGGAGUACGGUAUAAUACCUUUGAACGGGCCGUCAGCCAGCCGGUAAUUUCCUUCUGUUUAUAUAAUACUGGUCUCCGCGCCUCUGCCUCUCCGCGCCUCUGCCUUAGAUCAGUUCCUAAAGCCCAACGAGACGAGCGUCUCAAAUAACACGACUGGUAGUCGUGCUUCCAGUAGGUAAAGUAGCUGGCUAUCCUCGUAAAAUGCCGACUUAGACAGGCACGAAACGCUAAUUAUCGUGCGACAUAAUUGCAAGACAUUUCCGUCGCGCAAGGAUCCUGCGUUUUAAAUGCGUGUCUAUCCGACCGCCUCCAGAAACCACACUACAAAAAAUGAAUACGUAAGAUGCAUGAACCUUUCCAAAUUGAUUUUUUGAGCCCCCCAUAAAAUUAAACAUAUUUUUAUAAAACAUGGAUAAAAUGUUCUCUUUUGUGCGUCUUUCGUAGCAAAUUCGUUUUCUUCAAAGGAAGUGCUCAAAGAAAACUCAUCUUUUAGUUUAAAAGGAACCUUUUCAGUUUUGGAUAAUUUCAAAAUCUGCCUGCAUUUGCACUUGUACUUAGGUCUUUAGAACUACAUGCCGGAUAGGUUUCGUGUAGUGAAAAUCAUACAAUUCACUGAAUUAUGAGGAAGGCGUCAUAUGAGUCUUAUGCAAUGUUGCAUCCAUUAUAAACUGACAGUCACGAUAUCGUUGGAGUGGAUAUAUUACGGUCUUAAGCAUCUCAUAAAUAGUGCAUUUUUCAAAAACUAAAAACGUGAUUACUUUGGGCACACAUUUUAAAAAGCGUAAUUUACCUUCAAAUCAAUAUAAAAAUAUUUUCAUGCUUUUUGUUUAAAAUUUUAAUUUACGAGGGUAUCGAAAACCGAUUGUUAGAAAUAUAUGCGACCUACACUGACUGUGGUUUUCAAUGACUGCCGGUAAAAAAGCGCGUUCAGAGGACUGCAUCUCGCCGUGACUGAGAUUUCUUACGGUUGUGCCGCUCGAUACUCAGCGUUGAAACCCUGCCCAAGUGAUCCCUUCUAAUAGAAUAAAAAAACAUUUCAGAAUUUCGGCUAAAAUGUUAAUAGUAUUAUUCAUCUACCUGAAAAGGCGAAAAUGCAGAGCAGGCGAGUUCGCCGACUGAAUCAUAUCUGGACCGAUGUUUCCUACACUCAAUCGCACUCCUGAUGAUAGAAACGAUCGAUGUUUCUGCUAGCCUUAAUCUAUCCAGUCUUACCGCCUGUCUUACAUUACAGUCAAGCUCGACGCACUGCACGAACUAUUGCAUGCAUGUUCGUUGAUUAAUAGCUUUGUCCGUUGUUUGCGAGUGAGAAAGUGAUGGUCAAUAUUACGGUAAUUUUCUCCUUAAAAUUCGUCAUCGUCUGCUGACAAUUUAUAUUUAAGACAUUUCGGCACGUCCUUUUCAUUCAGAGGCCAAUGCAGAAACUUAAGCGGGGCGAAGCUGGAUGACUUUUUAUUAAAAAAACUCACCAAUUUGCAUGCUGAUGGCGGUUGUAUUGUCGUGAUUAUGCUUCAGGAAGUGGCAUUUAAGGCUGCCAAAAAUUAUACAAAAACGGAUUCACUAAGGGCUGUACACGGCAGCACCCACGACUGUCUUUUAUGAAGGCAUUUCUCGAUGGUGCAUUAAGACAAAACGCUACCGCGAGAGGAGAGAUCCUCGGAGCACAGCGGGACGUGUAAGUUGCGUACCUCGAUCGGUCAGUGUCCCUCCCCAAUCACAAUUUCACUUCAAUCGAAAUUUCACCAAUGCGAUCCUGCGAAAACGUCUCUGAAACCUGGCUGCUAGUCCACUGAAUCCAAUUAUCUUGCCAACUGGAAGCGCUUCUACCCCCGACUUUCAAGGUCCGCCUUAGCCACCUGGACUGUCGAGAAGAAAGAUGAAGUUCGGCCUCAUUCUUUACCAUUCUUCCAAUUUUUCUCCAGUGGCCUAUUAUUCCAGGCACGGUUUCUGAUGCAGCGUGUUUUCCGAUCUGUAGUUGUUACGACGGCUUUUCGUCGUCUGUUUCUACCAGCCAGUUCAGCCAAACUUCACACCUCCAGAGGAGUCGCGUCUGUGAUUCUGAAUUCUCGCGCUUGCGGCCCUCCACAUGCAGACUACAUCGCGGACGAGUUGGAAUAAAUGGUGGCUACACCGGAUCAUGGCAUGUGUAUAUUGGACUGUGUUCGAUCUAGGCGUACUCAUAACUACCGUUGUGCAUGCAUGUGACGUGUCGUAGACGGGAGUUUUUCUGUCGCGUCGGUCAUUGCGUAGAAUCCUCAUGUGUUGAUUGAGAGGUUUGGACAGUGGUCUGGUGCAUGAGAGAUGGAGACUAAGGCUGACCCUGGGGACGAGGCCAUCCUUACAGCGGAACGCCGCAAUAACCACUCCUGUCUUUUAUGACCUGCUGUCUGUCGUGACCGGGGAUGCUUCCAACUGACUUAGGGUCAGACUGCCAUGUCUCCUUAAUGAAUUCUGACGCAUGUGCAUAUGGGUCUCAUGUCGUGUGUUAAACACGUAUACGAUGGCAGACUCGGUUGCCGACAGACUGAGACCCUCCCGCCCCCAAUGUUGUUGUUGGUUAAAAACCAGAUCAUCUGCUGUGUGCACCAGGGGUGUGGAGUGGAGCGUCAAGGUGCGGGCUCGACCGCGCCAUCCACUUGCGUCCCACUCCCCGCCACCGGUCUUCUUGACUCUGUCUUGACACCGGGUCCAUGCGAGGGAGUAGGGGAGAGUGCGGUAGGUGCUGUACAAGUCUACGUUCACUAUGAACUGAAUCACGCGCAAGUCAUCGUGCCUGCCGUACCUUGAUGUGUGGUCAUCGUCGAAAUCGACGGUCCAACAAACAUACGGUAUGUUUUUUUUUGUUCAGCCGUUGAACCCACGUUCACAUCUAAUUGUCCUGAUUUUGUUUUGUUGUCACAAGACGCUGGGUGUGAUCAUGGAGCGAAAGGUAGAUGCAGCGUAAUUUUACUACAGUAUAAACAAAUUCACGCUUAAGCCACUUUUCUGCCCAGCUCAUGAAACAGUAGCAGGCAACGGCAGAAUGAUCAGUUCUGAAGACACACUGAGAAAGAGCUAUUCCGCCUCCAUUCAUCCGGCUGUCAUGCUGUUCCCCAGCUAUUCAAGUCAUAAUUGUUAUCGCUAAUCAGCAGCCUGAUUAUAAGUUACUUUGAUUUGCAGUGAAAAAAACGGUCAAGAAGGGGUACACACCUCGUCGUAACCGCUUUAUAAAGUUAUAUCACUCUCUGGUGAGUUUGCGUUGGUUAACACCUGUUAUUAUCGCACUAACCUGAGCUUAUCCGUGCUUAAUGGCUUUCGGGCUGUAGCCUGUUUGGUUGCUGUAAACAGAACUGAGGUCACGCAUGGCUUCGAUAACCCAACUGCUGCUGGUCGCUGACGUAAGCUCGGUCGCAGACUUGCUGACUCUUAAAGCCUGCCUUGAACGCCAUCUAUUCGUUAUACUGAAGGCCUUUGGUGCUCAGGUUAUGCUUCUCACUUCAGUAACACGCUGUGAUACUUAGUUGAGUCCUCAUCGGGGGCGCAGUAGGAAGUCAUUUUUCACUCUUCUGCUGUAACAAGUUCUCGCUGCUUCCGUCACUAAGCUUAAAGUGAUGCAAAAAGAUUGGGAGGCCUCCUUGUCUAACUGAAUCUCUCUGCUCGCACUUAAACUUCGUAGCAGCUUGCAAAAUCGCUGAACUUCGGUGCCUUUUUGACAAGGUCAUUCAUAUAGCUAGCUACCUGUACGUGUCUGUCCUCGUGUAUUUCAUCAGCGCUCUUUUAUUUUCGCAGGCUUGUUGUCUGCGACAUGCCCAGCAAGAAAGUUUCCUUUUUUCUCCUACAACUGCACCUCCACGGGAAGCCUAUGGCUUCCUUGUGGCUGUAAAAUUGUUGCUUGAACGACGAUACCGGUAUGUCGAGGGGAAUUUCUGACGACCAGGAUGGGUAUCUGUCUGAUGCCGUGGGCGGUAGCUUCUAUUCCAGCCUUGUAUUUGCUUCUGAUCUAUCGUGUUCUGACUCUCUGUUGUCAACUAAAAAUCCUAUGUGUCCGCUGACUCAUCCCAAUCUAGGAGAUCAAAUUAGUGAACGCCAAAUCAUUUCCACGCACUAAAUCCGUUGUCUUCGUCCUCCCGUCUCAUGAGCUCACCUGCCUGCCGGUAUCAAAAUGCUCUCACAAGCGUGCUCUUUAAGCUCUGUGCGGCGUCAUGUCGAUCGGGUUACUCAGUCAGCCCUCAGAACAACGGAAUUCAGGUCCGUCUACCUGAUUCCUACUCUUUGACGAUUCUACGGCCCAGGUGCGCUAACGCAUCCGGUCUGUUUAUCGUCUUCCUCAGUGAAAGAUCGUUUGUUUGUGCACAUCUGUGUGUCACUCUCGUCGCCUUGCUGCCGCCAAGGCGGGAAGCGGGUGGGGGAGAGAAGGUUGAGUCAUGCUCCUAUCUAUUUUGUACACACUAACGUGCGUGCGUGUGUGUGUGGGGGGUGCUGCUAGGGCCUCAAAUUGUAAUUCCUUGUUUGGCACUGCCUCCUCAGCCCGACUGAUGAAUGUGUGUGCGUGUGUGCCCUCCUGUUGAUUUUGACCUGCUGGGCACUGUUGCCUGUCUGUGGCCGUCCUGCGUGCCUUUGUAGCGCUAGCACGCGGACAACCUUUGCGCUAAGGCUUGCAACCCCUUUUGAUCUUCAAACUGAGGCUGAAAAUAGCUUUACCUCAAACCUGGGCUAUGGAGCCCCACUGCGGGUGUCCUAUCGCUAAAUCCCAGGGGAGGACCUGUUCCGUGUCCUAACAUUGACCCUAACCCAUGUACAUCCAACCAUAACGCUAGCACUAACGCCAGCGUCACUGGGAUUUAGGGCAAGGCCAACUGCGCUAGAGGGGUCCGUGUCUCCGUGUCCAAGCAAGCUGUUGUUGCGAAGGAUUUACUCCACUUUCUCACGUUAAUUUCUAAAGAAAUUAAAAAGGUCCCUCCCUUUCCCUUCUUCAAAAGUUGGCCUGCAUAUGGGAGCGGUCUACUUCAAUAGUUGGCCCUGUCAAGCGGAGCAUACUUUUAAUGUGUACUUUUAUCGCUUACCGCACGAAAUGUCUUUCACCCAGUUCUCGGCAAUUCUUUCGUACGCUUUGGGUUGGUUUCCAACCGCCCACUCUGGAAUGCGUCAACGUAUCAAUACUUGUCACAUCACUUAAUGGUGGCUCCAAAACGAAUAACACUGAUCCUUUAUCCACGAACUAGGUACAUCCGCUGACGUUUCAGCCUGUUAGUGAGGCUGCUGGGGGGUGCUACUUCGUAGUUCUAAUUUCGGAAUGGGUGUAAGCACCAUCGUUUGGCGCUGAAUUCUUGGGGGCAUUGAGGUUAAAGAUAGGACGCGAAAAUAGGUAUCCCCCCAAUGGAAUGUGACGGAGGGCAGGCUGUAGUAGGGACUAGGACAGUUUCAAACAAAAAGUAAAGAGACGAGCCCCAGAAAACGUCCAUGAAGAAGGAGGCAUGGUCACUGGACCACGAGCUUUAUGCGCCUGAUGUCUCGGAAUCCCACUCGAACCCACCCUCAGAGACAGCAGCCGGCUUUGCUGCCGUACCGUCCAUCCACCUGAAAACAUGGAAACGUUCGUUAAAUGAUGAAACAAAUAAAACCGCGGAGCUUGAUUCUUAGUCAUCUGUCAGAAACUGCUGCAUUUGUUUUGAUGUUAAGGGUAGAAUGUUUUAUGCCGAAAGACUACUCAAAGUGGAAUUGAAUUACAUAUGAGCUCGUCUUAGAUACCAGCCACACGCAUUCACACGGCAGUUUGACCGUCGUUACCGACGAUGUCCACCGUAUAAUUCACAGAAGGGUGAGGGCGUGAACGGUGAAUUGCGCGCGAUUUUCUUUCGUGAUAGUGAACUUGCGUAGUCCCUACUGCACUCAUCCUCUCCCACCUGGAGGCGGUGCUAAGAAAAAGUCAAUAAGACCGUAGACGGGAGAGGGCAGGACGAAAAUCCGCACCUAGACCUACUACUACACGGUCUUUUCCAGUUUCAGUUUGUUUGAGGGAACUAUAGGUGUUGAACCUUUGAACUCCCUGUUUAUUAAAAGGAAGCGAACUAUGUAAAUAAUUUGAAAAUGGAAACAUUAAACAGCUGCAGAGUUUCUUCAGAUUUACGAAGUUUUCGAAACCAGACAGAUAAACGAAUUUUUCCAAGUGUUAAAAACAUUAGCGUCACUAAAUGUGCUGUACAGUAGUCUGUCUAUGGAUAAUUGGUGCUAUCUCAGUUUCUGAGGGGGACGAAUUGAAUGCCAACAUUCAUAUUCAACAGACAUGGGACGGGGAUUUUAUACACCAGAAAAUGGGUGGGCAGCACCGACCCCCAUUGUUGCGGAGUAAAUCGCAAUUAGGCGUGCCAUCACACCUCAUGUUGACAUUUGGUUAUGCGCAUUGCCGAUAACGUCUGCCGGACUCCAUUCUAGAUCCAGCGCAUCUACCGCCGUGCUAAGGCAGUUAGCACGGCGAAAACCCGCAGCAUGACCUACCACCCCACCUGAUCCACAACGUACACUGACCAGGAUUUUACGCAACAGCAAGAAAUGGUGUUAGCUCGAAUUCAACUGGUUGAAAGUAGCCUACAGCACUACGAAGAGUCCAUUGCCAGCCUGGUUCUCAGUUCACCAGCCUGCCAAUCCAUACAAAAACACGCUGGACGGACUGAGAGGUCGGAGUUAUCCCGUCAUUUGGCAAACUUCCAUGCCACGACCCUUAGGGCACCGUGAUAGAUUAAUGCGCGCCGGAUUGCUUGUAGUGAGGAAUAUGAACUGCGAUCGUCAACCUCGUGGUCCCACGGCAGCCAGGUGCCAUAAAUACUGCACUGCUUGUGCCACCAUCACCUUUACUUGCGACUGUCUCUGAUGGUGGAUUCGAGUGAGAAUGCGAAACGUCCGGCCAAUAGAUUUCUUGUUCCAGUGAUCGCAUCUUCGUCUUCUGAACUGCUACCUGGAAAUCGCCUGUUCGCUUCUAUCAGCAAUCUCAUUCUCUAGUACCAUUUUAGGCACCAGUCCACUGUCCGAGAAGGUCAGACGUCUGAUGCCGGGAAUGAACGCAGUGGCUGAUAGAGUUAGGGAGCUCGUCUGUGCGUGUCACACACACACACACAUACACACACACACACGACAGUUCGACCAGCGAUUUCGAUAAUGUCCACCGUGUGUCCCACAGAAUGCAUUGUGAAGCAGGGACGAUGACUUACGCAGGGGUUUAUAGUGCCAGUAGACUUGCGUAGCAUCUACCUACACUCUCUCCUCCUCUUCCGCCUGAGCCCGGUGUCAAGUUCAAGUCAAGAAGACCGGAGACGGGGGAGGCCGCAGGUGGAUGGCUCGGACGGAUCCUCGCCUUGGCUCUCCACUCCGCACCCCCUGGUCCACACACAAAUGACCAGGAUUUUGACCACAAAACAAUGGGGUGGAGGCAGUGGUCCAGUUGUGCGACGAUUGCCGACAACAGGGUCUGCCAGCGCACCCCGCAAGUGUUGGCAUUUGUUAUUGCUCACAGAUAACGCCCGCCAGAGUACGAUGUGGCCCCCCGUGUUGGUCCAGAGCAUCUAACACGUUGCCUGUUUAGAAAGCACAACACAAACACACACACACACAAAAUGAUCACCCGUACAAACACACAGAGAUCUCACACACGAGGGUGUUGGAUGCUCGGAUCUCACAUAUACUAGGCAAGCCACAUGGAAAAUUGAGCCGAAAAGCACACCUCACAGUUACGUGAGAGUUGCCAGUGAUGUGGGAUGUUGGAGGCGAUUAUGUGUGAUGUGUGUUCACGGGGAUGUGCGUGGCGAUGUGUUCAUGUCCGCGAUGAUCUAUCGCGGGUUUUCAUCAAUGCACAUGGCACAGAAUAGGCCUAUUUGAUUGUGCGGGACUGUGCGCACAAUUAAGACGAUGGAGUCUGACGUAUACUGGUGCUCCAAACACUGGUUCGUCAGUCUGUGCGAUGGAUUCGCUGGUGACCGACCAGAUCGAUACAUGGGGUGAAGGUGCAGUGACAGCGUAGGACAUGUUGGGUCUGUUGUGGUUGUUGUUGUUGUGUUGCUGCUAAUGGUGGGCGCGCUGGUCGAUGUGGAGUUGACUAGGCUGGGAAUGGUAGAGAUGGUGGAUAUGUAAGGUGUGUUAGGUGUGUCGAUACUGCAGCCAAUACGGCUGUUGCGUAUACACAUGUGACCGAACAGGCCAAUGUGGUGUACGAAUGUGCGAGGACACAGUGUGGAGAGUGAAGUCGAAUGCGACGAGUGUACUUGGACUUUUGUUCUUGGUGAGUCGGUCGCAGUACGAAGGAUUCGCAAGUGACUAACGAUACCGAUGAGUAAGGUGAAUGUGCGAUCGCAAUGGGAAUAGGUUACGACCCAGUCCAUUUCGCUGGAGGUAGGUGUGAUUUUGGUGAGGGUGGUGGUUGGCGAGUCGUCGGGAGCGCAUUGUUCAGUGGUUAGAGUGUGAGUUGUAGGAGUCAUCGUCUUGACUGUGAAGGCUGCGGCAGGGAUGCUGGAGGUUGCGGUGACAAAUGGCGACGGGAAAUGGAGAUGUUGAUCAUCGGUGCUGAGGACGGUCGUCAUAGUGGCCGCGGUGAGGGUUGGAGCAAAGCCGUUAAGCGAGACAGCGUUUGGGGCCGUCGAGUUGGUGCAUUGAGUCAGAAGAUGUCCGACUUGGCUGAUCCUCGCAGACAUGUUGGGAAGGGUUGGGAUCAGCAUUGCAUGAGAAUUGCGGGCUUCUCUUUUGGCUUUAACAGCGCCGACCUGCUUGACCUCAAAGAUGUCUGCUCCAGUCUUCACUGCUCUUCUUCUGACCAGUGGUGUCAAGUAUUUCUUAAUCUUCGGGUUGAUCUGUAGCCGCUUCAAGAAAUUUUUCCAAAUUUUCUUGUAACGACGUGUCCGACCUCCUUGCGGGUAAGGACCCGUGGCGACAUGUCGGCGGAAGAGUUGUUUGGUAGGCACUCGUUGUCCAUCUUCAUGAGGCGGUUGCUUCAUCGUAGUUGCAGUUGCCUCAACAUGACAUGGAUGCCGAGGAUUCCAGUUCCUUCCGAAACCUCUGUGUCCGGCACCCUGUCCUGUACGUCUUUACUCUUCCUAGGCCUCCCACAUACCCAUUUUGGAAGCGUUUUCAUCUACCCCCAGCAGAGAUAGUAGUCAGAAGCCCAAGCACGCGCUUGGUUGGUUUUCAGUCAGCUCGCGACUCACCCCCAAAGUCUGCUGCUCUUCAUUGGUUCUCGGCGUUCCCUGUGUGCUUUUUGGCAUAAUUGUAGUUUGUUAUGUAAAAACCGUUUUAGAUCUUGUUUUUGUUGUUACUUAAUUUGGCUAGAUAGGUUGUGUAUUUUGCUACUGGAUUCCUUAUAGAGACGAGAGAGUGUGCUACAUUUCCACGACGCUCCCCAUGAUGUGGGACCGAUCCUACUUGAAAAUGUAAUUCUUGCUGACGGCUGGAUAUCAACUGACAUCCUCAUUGCUAGAACCGAUAUGCUACAAUAGGGUUGAAACGGGACCAGCAUAACUUAUCGAAGAAGAUUCUUCUUCCUUUUUAUCGCCUCCCAUCAUGACAGAUCCUUCGCUUUCUGACCCAUUUCUGUUGCUGGUUAAAAUCCUGGUUAAUCGUUUUUUGUGGACCAGAGGGUGUGAUGGUAGGUAGGAGUAGGUCCUGUCGCGUAAGCCACCUGCGCAGUCUAAUGCCUCUGAUCUUCUUAACCAUAUCUUGACACCUAGUCCAGUUGGGGAGGAUGAGAGAGUGCGGCAGACGCUGUGCAAGUCUGACCUCACUAUAAACUACUUUACAAACAAGUCACCGCGCCUGCUUUCUCCUUGAUGUGGAGCAUACAGUGAGCAUGGUCGGCAAUGGCGUCGAACUCUCAUGACAGAUGGUAUGCUUAAUACGGCGUUCGCUGUCUUAUACCCCGGGUUGGAAGCUCCGACAUGCCGCUCAACAUGCGCGCUUCCGCGCCGUUUUCGUGAAGUGCGAAAUGUCUAAUAGCUGACCUACGGUAACAUGGACAGGCGGUGUCGUUUGAUUACGCGCACAGUAUUCUCUUCUGUGGUCAGGGCUUAAGAAAACUUAUCCAAUAGUUGCCGUAGUUCCUCAUAUUUUUGGUUCCUUUUCUUAACCUUCUCAUCGAUUCUACUGGAGCAUCCGACGGCUUCUGCUCAUUGUAACCGUUUUUUGGAUUUUGUACGUACUGUUUGAAUACCAGCCAUGAAAAUUUUUGAUGCAAUAUUCCCUUCGUUAGGCAAUAAGAUGUCAAAAAUGUGAUUCAAAGUCAGCCGGCAAAACUGUCCUAUUGGGCCGAACUAAAAGCCGCUAAUUCAGCAACAGUCAGAAAUCGCGCCAACAGAUUCAAUCAACAAGCUGAGACGUCUGCUUUUGAAACCCCAGGUUGGAUCCACGCGGCGUAGCACAGAUAGCUGCGACUUUCUAACUUAUGCUAAUUAGCACAGGCGAAGGAAUUUAGACAUUUGAGACAUUCUGACCUGAUUUCGGAACCACAAUGAUUGUAAACACAAAGUCUGCCGCCGAUGGAGAAAUGCAAAGCACUCGCGAUUGGGCUUAUUAAAAAAACACCCCAAGUUCUGUUUCUUUCAAAACCCUGUCUGUAGUACAGCCUAUCUCAAGUCUGAGCCAAAAAGAACCAGAGGCGAGUUUCGGGGCAUUGUAUGACAAAGAAAAAGUGGCUCAGAAAAUGAAGAUGCGAUCACCUGAACAAGAAAUGUAUUUGCCUGACGUUUCGGAUUCUCAGUCGAAUCCAUCAUCAGAGACAUUCGCAGAUAAAGGGCUUGUCUGCGCGCGCCGCACAAAAAUGACCAGACUUUCGCUAAAACACAAGAAACAUCAUCGUACCCAAACUAAACGAAAGUGUCAUGGGGAGGCAUCUACAGACUGUCCGAUGGAAGACAAUGUCCAGAAGAAGACAGGUAGUGGGCGCGAUAUGCGGGGGAUAGAUUUCAAGCGUCGCUUGCGUAUUAUAGGGAAUAAUUCGUGAGGAUGCAUUCCCUAGUGUCGGCCUCCAUUUCUCAUCUCUCUUGCUGGCUCUCUCUUCCUCUCUCUCUCAUGAACCUGUCGACUGUCCUAGCUUGUUAUCCAGCUGUUGCUGAGACCAGGCGUAGUGACUGACAAAGCUAAACAUCUCCUGGUUGGGGACGGGCUCUGUCGGUCGCACCACGUUCAGGCGGAUUUUUGAGUCAGAAAAGUGAGCAACUGUUCUGACAGCCGCGAGUGAGCCGGUCAAAGGAGAUCCACUUCACGUCUUCUUCCCAUUUCAUACUCAAAAGAAGAGUAUUAUUCGGUUUUAAAAAAGUUUCUAAUUGUGAGAUUUUUUAAUAUCGUUAAAUUGCCGUUCAUGAAACGUCAUUUAUCUGCAUUUACGAAUGUGGCUUUAAAGUUAACAAUAUUGCUCAAACCCACUGCUUAAUUUUAUGAACCUCAUAUGGUCUCCUCUUAACACCGUAGAGAAAUGCAUGGUUUUCCGUACACGGAAAAUAUGCAGCUUGUAGUUUUGAAACCCUGAAUAAAAGUGUAACAGCAGGUCGGGUUCAAAGUUAUUCGGGAAUUAGAAAUGUUUUUUAAAACCGAAUUAUACUCUUCUUUUAAGUAUGAAAUUGGAAGAAGACGUGAUUAUCUACCGAAGACGUAAAAGAAUGAAUAUUGUUAUGCAUGUUUUCCAUGAAAUCAAAUUGAAUUUUCAAGGGCAUCGAAAAUCAAUGAGAAAAUUGCAUACUACUUAAGUAGUCAUUUUUUGCAGAGCAUAGUUAUUGCAUGAAGCCGUAAAUAUGUUCCUUCGAAGGCCGACACGCUGAGGUAACUGGAACAUUAUAGAUUUAUGCUGCAUCAUGAUUAGUUUUAUUACACUACUUAAUUUAUCUUUUCGAAACGAGAACGAAUUUCGUAGUUUUGGUUGACAUUUCAUGAGUUAGCACAUCUACUGUACCAAAUGCUCCGCAAUGCUUUCGACUACCAGCUCUCUUUAUUCCGGUUCCCUUCUGACAUUUAAUUCCAUUCAAACAAUGUCCGCGUAUAAAAGCUGUCUCCGAAAACCCUCGAAGGACCUUAAACUCAUCCCGUUUGACGACUGGCAUGUUUCGGUGAUAUCGCACUUGUCAGUAUAGCGUGUGUGCAUAGCUGUUGUGAGGGGGCAUUUGCAGCGCGUUCGUCGGUUUUCUGUAGACUGUCGUCGCCAACUGGCGUUAUAUUGGUGGCAGAUGAUAGUAUCUAAGAAGGGAAGUCUGUCCGCCACUUCCUCCUCCAUCGUGAACUGCAGAUUGAGGAUGAUGGACUCCAGCCGUCCUUUUUACAGUAUUCAAAUCCGAUUGAGGGGCGACACAUGUAAUGUAAAUAGGGUGAAUGAUUAAUUCCCGCAGUUAGCACUGACGACUAGAGCUUCGGGCGAAAUGCACCAUAUAUUAACGUCUGUGCACAGGCAUCUCCAGUCUCUCUGUGUUCAUUCCCCGAAAGCAUCCAGCGUUUGCGUCUGCGAUCCUGGCCGCAGUAAGUCCUGUUCAACUUUUCACUUGCAAAUUUUCCAGCUAGUGUGAACCAACCUGAUCCUUUCAUUAACCGCAAAGCAUACCGCGCUUUAGACGUCUUUCUUACACACUGGACUCGUUCAACUAGACACAGGUGCGCCGGGUUUAUGAUAGCAGGGAGAGACGCAGCGUCGCCCAGGUCUUAUCUAGGUAUUAGCCUCCUCGCCGUAAACGCUUUGCUUGACGUCAGUUGUGGCUUGGUAAAUUACUUAUUUCCCGUUCCAAUUCCUCCUCCGAACUGACAGUCAUGCCGACGUGAAAUCACUGUAAGUGAGGGUCGUUUUGCGUGGAGCAAGUAAUCAGUGCGUGUUUGCGGCGCACGCAGAUCACAAAAUUUAACGAAGUCAUUCUAUGUGCCGAUUCUACCCCUUAACAAUUCAGAUCGUGCCUUUCCACUGAAGCCCGAGAAGGAGGGGGCGUGAGAAGAUUACCUCAUGUCUCCAGCAGCUGUAGCACAACUCACAUCGUCGCUCACAUCGUCGACUGUCGACCGCCACCACCACCACCACCACCACCAUCAUCAUCAUCAUCAUCAUCAUCAUCAUCAUCCUCAUCCUUAUCAUCAUCGUCUUCGUUGUUAUCUUCGUCAGCACCGGCGUCAGCAUCAUAUUCUUCCUCAUGUUUUCUUCUUCUUUUUCCUCUUCUUCUUUUUCUUCUUAUUCUCCUUCGAGGAGACGGAUUGGCGGUACUAUCUAGAUUGGUUAUAAAAUUUCAUGAGUCGAUUAAUGAAAAAUUUUACCCGUUUAGCAAAGGCCUCUACAAUUCCUAAUCGCUCCAUUAUUGUGCAAAAUAUCCACUAUUUGAUACCACCGACUUUUAUGUCGAAUAUCGACCAGUUCAUUCUCGUCACUUUCUUUGUCGGCAAAGCAUCUAUCGAGUAACUGGUAGCUUUUUGAAACUGUUCAGUUUUUGAUUUUAUGUAAGCGAUUUUAUGCAAACCCAUUGUUCGACAGCAUGACUUUGCCGAAGUAAAUGCGUAUCACCCCCUGGCACUUAUGGAAAAACCAUCUCAUCCUGCUUGAAGGAAUUUUGAUAAGGUGUAUUCGUGUGAUCUUUUAUGAGUCCAAUUUGAAACUUUUUUGGUUUCGCUGGAGACCAUCCUCCAAGUCACCCUUCUCCUCCACUUGGCAGCUGGCUUGAAUGCCGAAGUGUGUCGCACUUUGAAUGAGGUCAAGGUUAUUGUUCGCCAAAGGACAGAAGCUCAGCCCAGAGAGAGAGAGAGAAGGAGAGAAACUGCACUUCUGCCAGAGUCUGAAUUCGAGACAGCUUCUUCGGCUGUCGUAUGAAGUCCAGCCAGUUUAGCCAAUGUGCCGAACCUCCCGAUGUGGGCGAUUCGGUGAUGCAAAGCCUGGUUCGAUUGAUUUGAGGAAGUUCAGUCGCGUUUUGUUGAGCGUAGACGUGACCAGUCCUUUUAGCCUAGUCUCGUUUUGGACCCCAGACGAUUUGAUGGCUCGGUGAGAUGAGGGGGAGGGUAAAUUCGACACCAUUAGCACUCACCAGCGAAAUCAACACCAAACCCUAACCCCCACGCAAAAGUACAGCGUUGGUGGUCCAACGUAGUUCCGGUAAUUUUCCCAAAAAAUAUGUGACAUUUAAUGCGCGUGCAGGACUCUACGGCAGUUUAGCAAACACGCCGUUUUGAUUUAAACUUUCAGCCGACUGUUCCGAGUCUCAUUUCCAUUAGAGACGAAACCGUUAGAUAUGCUUGCUUUACACAAACCGAAAUACUCAAAAAAUGGCGUAGAUUUGUAUGUAUAGCAUGCUGGUCUAUUACCCAGCGUUCUAUGAGGAAAUUUUCGGAGUUUAUUUUUGAUAAAUUCGCAAUUUUUGCUUAGAUCCGACUAUAUUUUCGAAAAGGAGUUCACGAGAGUCCAUUUCAGGGUGUACAAAUGAGGAAAUUGCGUCGAAGUUGGGGUGGGGGCGGGGGGAGGAGGAAAACCGAGAGUUCGAAGCAUUUUGUCACCGGUACGAAGCUGAAGUUGGCAAGCAGGUCAGGAUUUAAUGGUCCCAGAAAAUUUCGUGACGGCUCGUCAGCUGCGUUCUGUCGCGUCAUAACAUAGAUAACGAGUGGGAAGAAUAGAACAGAUUUGAAUUCGUGCAGAAAAUCAAUGCAGAGACAACAAGAUCAUGGUUUUGGGUAUAGUUGAUUAAUCGAUGAAGUUAGUAAAUCAAACACCGUAUGGGAAGAAUAACGGAAAAAGGAGGGGGGGCGUUACCAACCAACAAGAGGAGAGCAAACGGGAAAACCAUGGGGAUAGAGGCUACCAUGGCAAUGUUAGGUUGACCAUGUGUUCCAACUGUUUACAAAGAUCUGGUUUUACCCGCCGCGUGGUGGGAAAUUACGCCCCACGUCUUGUGCAAUCCAGAACAGAGGACUGCAUUGAGCUUGUCGGCCGCAACAAAUCCCGCCUGCAUAAGACGAAGCAUUUUCUUGAUAAGAUAAAUUCCUUUUGUUGGUCUAUGUUCAUUAAACAUGCAUGUAUCAUACAAAAGACGACUAGGGAAACAAUUCGGCAUAAGUUAUUGAAGUCAAUUAGCAAGAAAUCUACUUAGGAUAUUUUUCCAUUGAACGCGGAAGACCUUAUUUAUAAUCUGUCUGACAUUGAACUUACUGAAUUACAAACAGAGUCUUUGUCCUUAGGACUUGAGUUCUGUGUCCCGAACAAAGGGAUGUAUCCUGUUGAAGUAGACGUGCAAUUUGAUGACUUGAAUUCUCAAUUAUCUGAACUAAUACCCAGAUCUUCUGACGACGUGUGCUGGCUGAAAGCAAAUUUUUUUGAUAUUUCGCACCAGUACCGCAGAGCUCCAAUGACACAACGUACACCUAUUAAUAAAGAACACAUGACUGCCCUAUCCGCUUUAAAGCAUCAUAAACGAAUACCAAUUUCCAAACCUGACAAGGCGCAUGGGGUUGUCAUUCUAAAUCGCAGUGACUACGUGACAAAAUGGAGGCUAUUUUACGUGAUCCGAGUAAAUUCCGUUUAGAAACGUCGGGAAAGGAAGAAACCAAGGCAUUGGGGGACUCCGCAUGGAAAGCAAUUAAAAAGUUGCUGGACAACAAUCUGUUGGACUCUAAAACAGCGUUUUGCCUAAAACCUAGGGGUUCAUAUACUCCCAGACUUUAUAGAUUACCAAAAACGCACAAAAGGGACAUUGCUCUAAGAUCAAUUUUGUCUAUGUAUAAUUCACCUAUUCACAUAGUAGCACAGUGGCUAGUCAGGGUAUUAGAGCCAAUCCGACGGAGGUUUUCUACGUAAACGUUUUCAUGUCAUUGAAGAAAUCAAAACUCGAGACAUUUCGGGCAAAUACAUGAAAUCCCUAGAUGUAGAAUCACUUUUAACUAAGGUACCACUGGAUAAAACAAUAGAUAUCAUAUGCACCCACGCAUCUGAAACUCGUCUGCCACCUGAAACACUACGAGACGCAUUAACAUUGUGCACAAAGAAUGUUAAAUUUCUUUUUAACAGCCAAUUAUAUAGACGAAUUGACGGAGCGGCCCGUCCUCUGCUGACAUAUUUAUGGGCCAUGUAGAACAAAGUUGUCCGCGAAAUUGAAUAUGCUGCCACCCUGCAAAAGAGGCGUGGAUAAUGUUUUCGCUAUUAUUGAAGACAAUAAGGAGGCUGAAGAAUUUUUUUCUACUACGAAUAAGCUACAUUCAAGGAUCAAAUUUACAAUGGAAAAGGAACAAGACAAUCAACUAUCCUUUCUGGACGUGCUUGUGUUUCGACCGGAAGAUGGUUCUAUAAGAAGUUCCGUCUUCCAUAAGAAUACUUGGAAGGGACAUUACUUGCAUUUUUGAGUUUUGUACCCAUACAAUGGAGAAGUAACUUGGUAUACGGUCUUUUCCAAUUAGCUAGGAACAUUUGCUCCAAUGACACACUGGAUGCAGAAUUUGCACGCCUCAAGGAAGCUCUACUUAAGCGCUGAUAUCCUGCACGUUUGAUUUACAAAUAGAGCAACUCUACACGGCCAAAAUCGGCGGAACAUUCAGUUCCGAAAAAGCCCGUCCUUAUAUCUUUGCCGCUUAGGGGCGACAAUAUUUUAAAUACUAUCAAACGACGACUGCGUUUCACCACUGAAGGGACAUACGCUGCAGCCGAACUCGUAUUAUGAAGUCCUACUAAGCCUAUUUCGACUACAUGGGCAAAGGAUGCCUUGCCAAUGCACGCCACUUCAAAUUUUGUUCAUGAAUUCACAUGCAUUUGUGGAUGCAAGUACAUUAGUCGAAUGCAAAGGCAGUUGUCAGCCAGGUCUAUUGAGCACCUACCCAGAUGGCUCCUAAAGCAAGAAAAUAAAAUCCCCCGUUCCGCCAUUACCAAACACCUGCUUGAUAGCGGUCACUCCGUCUACCCCAAAACUUCCUUUCGGGUACUUGUUCGGCACGAAUAACUCGGACAUUGCGUUACCUAGAGGCGGCCUAUAUAUAGCGGGUGAAACCAGAUGUUUUUGAACGGUUAGAACACGUGGUCAGCCUAACAUUGCCACGGUAACCUAUAGCCACAUGGUUUUCCCUUCCCCUCUCCUCUUUUUGCUCGGUAACGUCCCCCUCCUGUUUUCGCUAUCCUUUCCAUACGGUGUUUGAGUUACUAACUUUGUCGAUUAACCGGCUUUACCCAAAACCAUGAUCUUGUUGUCUCCGCAUUGAUUUUCUGCACGAAUUUCAAUCUGUUCUAUUCUGCCCACUCGUUAUCUUUGUUAUGACGCAAAAGGACGCAGUUGGCGAGCCGUCGCGAAAUUUUUUGGAACCAUUUAAUCCUGCCCUACUUGCCUACUUCAGCAAACCUGAGAGUACUGCCUAAUGUGGUCCAUUAAGUUUUAGUUAGUUAUGCACAUUUUAAAUGCAGGCUUCGGUUAGGUUAUAAUUUGUUUUUCGAAGCCAACCUCAGAUUCCUAUCGGUAACGCUCAUAGUAUGCGGGAAUUCAUAAAAACCCUCGGUGAUUUUCAAAUCCUUCCUUGUCUGCUGUCGCUACAGAGUUAUAAUGCAUUCAUGAGUUCAUAUAUGAGGUAAUCUACGAUAUUGGUACGCUCUUAGUAAAGCAGACUUGGUAGACGAGAUGCUGCCUUUCGGCGACAUUCACUUGUUGUCAUCUUCAGAACAGUUUUCCUGACUCACAUGUGAGCGAUGAUACCCAGUUGGGUUGUAGAGGUGUGUGUGUGUGUGCGUUUGCUACGCCAUGAUUCAGCAAAACAAGGCUCUCGCCACCUGGAGGGCACCUGGUUUCCUGCCGGCAGAUGUGCUUGAACUCCCGCUGGGUAUACAAGUAGUGUGCUUAGAUGCCCAGCCACCCUCGUCUUUCUGACUCGCUAUUCCGUUGUUGCUCAUUAAAAUCCUACCCAAGUGUUUUGUUGUGGACUAGGGGUGUGGUGGUACACCUAGGUGUGCAGAUCCGGUCGUGCCAGCCGCCUGCGCCCUCUCUCGUCGCGGCCUUCUUGACCAUGUCUUGACACCUGGUCCAAGUAGAGAGGAGAGAGUGCGUUAGGCGGUAUGCAAGUCAGAUUCACGCGCAGGUUCUCACCGUGCUGCGCAGCACACCGUGGACAUCUUCCGCAAGGACGGUCGAACAUUCAAGUGUCUGCGGCACUGCCGGGCCGGGUGAGGUGGCGCACCUAGGUGAGGUUCCGAUGGUGCCGGCCGUCCCUUAUGUUGUUGCCUUUGUUGUGGACCAGGGGGUAUGGUGGCACGCCCGGGUGCGGGUCCAGUCGCACCAGUCUUCUGCACCCUAGUCCGUCUCCGGUCCGCCAAGUUAUAUUGCGACACGCGACCCAGGUGGGGAGGAGUUAAAAGUGCGGCAGGUCAUGCUAUCGCAAUAACCUUAUUCACGCCUCUGCUCUCACUAUGCUGUGAAGCAGACGGUGGACAUCGAAGGUCGAGCCGAUCAAACUGUCGUAUCUACUGACGCUGAACCGCUUCAGUUUCGCUGCUUUUUGAACCAUCGAAGUGCUUGCAGCAUAUUCGAAUUUGCAAUUCUGAUUGACUUAUUCACUGGGUAAUACUUUUUAUUUUUUUAUAACAGAUGAAGGAACUUGGUUUACCCGUCGUCUUCCUCCUCGGUGCGUAUGAACAUGGAAACAACUCUGGUGAGUUGAUCUGUUUCAUGUUUUUUCUACUUAUAGUCGUCCGCGUUGCUCGGCUUGAUGUUGGCUUUUGUACAUAUAUAUACAUGAUGACAGAUGGGCGCGCACCGAUCAGGUUACGGAACAUGCUCGUUCCGCUGCGCCUUGGGGCUCAUACUAUACCUACCACUAGUCGCUGUGCGACUGCCUGCGAGGGUUCUAGUAUGAGCCCCAAGGCACAACGGAACGAGCAUGUUCCGUAACCUGAUCGGUGCGCGCCCAUCUGUCAUCAUUGGUAUUCCCGAUCACCACCGACAGGACAACGGGCCCGUGGCUCAAUGGUAGAGCGUCAGACUCCAUGACCAAAGAUCUCGGGUUCGAAUCUCAAGUGAUCUACACUUGGGGUUGGAUAUGACUGGCUGAUGACGGCUAAUAAGCCAGAAAUAGCCAUUCCGGUCUCCCUUGUAUUUGUCGGCUCCAUCUUAUAUAUAUAUAUAUAUAUAUAUAUUAUGUGCGCGUAAGUAGUUGAGUAUCUGUAUGGCGUUGCUACCCUCGAAACGGCCCAUGAAGUAGAUGCGCUGCCUUCGUUCGCCUGACAGCCUCUUCCGGAGCCGACAAUGGUGGAAGAUAUUUCUUCCUACAUGCACCCAGUUGGUAGAGCGGACGGCCUGUAAGUCAAGAACUAUGGCUAUCCGGUGUCGGUUAAAAAAUUGACUCAACUUCGCACGCAGAGCAAGGUACCACCUACCCACCUUUGACAUGAGUAAUUAGAUUCCCAGGACAUGGUUUCGUUUCAUUCUAGGAAAUACCUAAUCGUUAAUCCAAACCCCUCCACGCUUUUGUCCAGAUUUCACUGCUUGGGUCCUCGAGGAAGUCAUAAGUAGGGUCCAUAUACUUACGCUUAUUUGAAGACGGACUCCAAAAAUACCAUGUCGAUUAUGUUCAUCAUUGACAAAAAGGUAUUCUACCUAACAAAAUACCUUCCGUAGAAAUUAAAAACAACGAAAGUUUUCCUGCCACUGAGAUCUCGGGUUCUAAAUUGUAGUCAAGACAGGCACAAUGUAAACCACCUCUAUUGAACCAAAAAACGCCGCGGAACCCACAGACUACAUUUCCCUGAAUCAAUUUAGGGCGAUGCGAGGGACGUUAUACGCGGGAAAUAAAAUUAAAGUCGUUAUAGUUUGUUAUCCUACAUUUGUUAUCCCCCACUUGUUGUAUGCAUAGGCUGUGCCUAAGCCAUCAACCGCGUCCUCUGUCGUUAAAUACUUCGAUUCGCAAUUUAAGAAUAAUGUAUAAUAGCACAGACGACAGACGGAAUGACGUUCAGGUGAGUUGCGAAUGGCUCUUAUGAGACGCUGAACUGGAAGUCGAUACCUACGUGCUUCCUGACUGGGAUCACUGACCAUCACAUGGUUCUUUUCGCAUUCUUUGAUGACUGGAGGUCUCCGGGUCUUGAUUAUGUUCCUGGGCUCGAGUAUGCGAGCGCACGAAAACUGCUGAAUAGUCGUCCAUUCGUCAAGCCAUCCUGCUGUCAAUUAUAACGCUUUUUUCUGGCUAGGCAUCGAAGAGGAGCAGCGAAUCUAUGGCGAGAUAGUUCAGCAGGAAUUCAUCGAUCAUUAUGACAACAAUACCUACAAAGCCAUCAUGGGCUUUAAAUGGGCCAGUACGUACUGUCCACAAGCCAACUUUGUGGUCUGUCUAGAUGACGACUACUACGCGAAUCCCCACCUGCUUGCCCAACUCCUGAAACGUCGUAGCAGGUUGUUGGCUCAGCAGCCAUACCAGUUGCUGGGACACGUGUACGAGAACGCAUCACCCUAUCGAACCUGGUUCUCCAAGUGGUACGUCUCGCUGGCUGACUACCCCUGGACCCACUGGCCACCCUACCCCGCCGCGGGUGCCUACGUCACCUCAAUGCAACUCGUCCAUCUGAUGGCUCUGGAGGCCGACCAUGUGGCCUAUUUGCGCUUCGACGAUGUCUUUGUAGGCUUCCUGGCGCUGAAGUUGAACGUCCAGCCGGAACACGAGGAUCGCUUCAUGCUGUCCGCUAGAACAUGUCGGCUUGAGUAAGUUCUUCGCAAUGAAGUCUACAUUCAAACUAACACAUCGAGCUACUGAGCCAUGUUGUUGCCUCACCAUCUUUUCUCAGCUUACAUUUAUUAACUAAGCGAGCUACCCAUAUACUGUUGGGAUAUUCCAGAUUUCAGUUUACGUGUUACUGAGAUGCGUUAAUUGUGCGGAGCGAUUUUAUCUGUUUGGUAACUGUUUCGUCCAACACUUGUCCGUAUCCUCUAUCCCUUCCUCCUUUCUAGACUUGACACAGCCAUCGCAUGCCAUACAGUGGGAAGUCCCAGUACGGUUCUGUGGCUGUGGGAACACCGGAUGGGCCAUCACCACAGCCUCCCUUGA